CUGGGUUUGUGCUCCACAAUUAAUGAGCAACUAAAUUCUGGUAGGUGCCGUCCUUCUCUGUGAGCUAGAAAACCCUUCCCCAUUUAACAUAUACAUCGGCAACCCGUUUCAGAGGCCGAAUUCGCCGGUGGGCUCUCAUCUGUGGUGGUGCCGGAGAUCGCUUCUUCGGUUGAGAUCUCUUUCUUCCCUGCUGCGGGCAUGCUCAGACAUGGCGCCGCCCCAGCUGCCAUCGAAGACCCUUCUGCUUUUCCUCCUCCAUCUUCUUCUUGUUCAUCUACCAAAGGCUGCGACCUCAACUGCCGACAGCUUCAACUACAAUGGUUUUAAGACAGCCGGCCUCAUCUUGACGGACGAGUCCGGCCUCACUUCGACAGGCGCUCUGCAGCUAACCAGAGGUGACCGGGCACUGUGGAAAAAAGGACACGCCUUCCACGGUCAGCCCCUGAGGUUCAAGCAGUUUCCUUCAUCUGCUGGCAACACGACCGUGUCUUUCAGCACCAGGUUCGUCUUCGCGAUCGUCAACGAAAUCGAGUACGACGGCGGCAACGGCCUCGCCUUUGCCAUUGCUCCUUCCACCCUGUCGAACGCCAUGGGCGGCGACUACCUGGGCCUCGUCCGGAACAACACCAACGGCAACUUCUCCAACCAUGUGUUCGCCGUGGAGUUCGACACUUACCAGGGGACGUGGUUGAAUGACCUCAACGACAACCAUGUCGGCGUCGACAUCAACGGCGUAACAUCCAACAAGUCUGAAACUGCUGCUUACUUUACAGAUGAUGGCAAGAGCCAGAGAAUCGAUUUGAAGUCCGGGGAUCUGAUCCAAGCAUGGAUAGACUACAACGGAAGCGAGAAGUGGAUCAAUGUAACCGUGGCUCCGAUUAGUCACACUUCCAAGCCGGCCAGGCCUCUCAUAUCUUACUCCAUUGAUCUGUACCCUGUUCUCCUCGAUUCCAUGUAUGUUGGUUUCAGUUCGGGCACGUCGAGAGCGACGAGUGCGCAUUACGUCUUGGCCUGGAGCUUCGCGAUCAAUGGAGAAGCGCAGGAACUGGAUGUUUCCCACCUCCCCAAGAUCCCCAAGAAAAAGACCUCAUGGAAAUCCUCUAAGCUCUUGCCAUACUCCACGACCCUCUCCCUCUUGUUUCUUAUGAUGCUGGGCAGCGUCGCGUAUCUGGUGUACAAGAGGAGGAAGCUGACUUCCGAAACGGUUGAAGAGUGGGAGCUGGACUACCCACACAGGCUGCCCUACAAGGAGAUCUACAGGGCCACCAAUGGUUUCAGUGAGAAGGAGCUCUUGGGGAGGGGAGGUUUUGGUAGCGUUUACAGGGGAGUGUUGCGCAGCAACGGCAUGGAGGUCGCCGUCAAGAAAGUGGCGCACGACGGAAAGCAAGGGAUGAAGGAGUUUGUCUCGGAGGUGUCCAGUUUGGGGAGGUUGAGGCACAGAAACUUGGUUCAGUUGCAGGGUUGGUGCAGGAGAAAGGACGAGCUGCUUCUCGUCUAUGAGUUCAUGCCUAAUGGAAGCCUCGAUACCUUCUUGUUCAAUGCGAAGAAGAGGCACCUCAGCUGGGACGAAAGGUUCAAGAUUCUCAAGGGAAUCGCCUCCGGCCUUCUGUAUUUACACGAAGGAUGGGAGCAGGUGGUGAUUCACAGAGAUGUGAAGGCGAGCAACGUUUUGUUGGACGCCGAACUGAACGGGAAGUUGGGGGACUUUGGGCUGGCCAGGCUGUAUGAGCAUGGGACUAAUCCGCAGACGACCCACAUAGUGGGCACACUUGGGUACAUGGCGCCGGAGCUGUCGAUCACCGGAAAGGCGACGAAGAGCUCCGACGUCUUCGGAUUCGGCGCCUUUCUCCUUGAGAUGGCCUGUGGAAGGAGGCCGGUCGAGGCGACGAGGCCGAGCGAUGAAAUGGUUCUGGUGAGCUGGGUACACAUGUGCUGGAGGAGGGGAGAGCUGCUCUCCGUGGUGGAUGACAGGCUGGGGAAGAAGUAUGUGGAGGCGGAGGUGGAGCUGGUGCUGAAGCUUGGAGUGCUCUGCUCUCAGACUGUGCCGGAAGCUCGACCGAGCAUGAGGCAGGUGGUUCAGUUCCUCGAUGGAGAUGUGCCACUGCAGGAAGUCCCUCUGGAGAAGCUGCUUGUUGAGGACGACCUCGGCUACGACCAACUGGUCAUGGCCUACCCUUCUUCAGACAAAUUCACUUCCAAGUCCAGUUCGCGCAUGGAGAACUCGGAGGUCUCUAGGGAUUUGUACCUUCCACAGUCUGGAUAUUGAGUUAAAAAGAGUGAAGCCAAUUUGGGUCCUCAGCAGUUCAGAAGAGGAAGCAGUCUUACCAUCUUCUCUUAUGUAUUUACCUCUUAAGUAGAAUGGCAUUUAAUUUGUUCGAACUAGUGAAUUUAGAUUUGCUUUAAUGGAAGUUGAUGAUGGUUUCUUUCGCUUGAA